AUGAUGAGCGAUACCUGCAGUAGCGACUUUGUUCCCAAUACUGGAGGUGGCAGCGGUUCAUCUUCUUCCUCCUCCUCCUCCUCCAACAUUGGUGUUUCAUCAUCAUCGUCACAUAUCAACAACAACAGCAAUAAUAAUGCAACUUUUAAUUGUACAAUAGUCGAUCAAUUUAAAAAGACAAUACUUAGAUUAGAAAAUGAUUUCAUUGGUAGUGAUAACAAUAUAAGUGGCAUAAGAGACACUAAUAUUAGUAAUUAUAACAACUAUAAUCAUAUAUCUGCUGUUAGUAAUAGUGGUAGUGGAGGUAGUGGAAGUAGUGGAAGUGGAUCUAAUACAAGUGGAACGUCUCCAUCGGCAAGUUCCAUUCUGAGACACUCUCCACCAAUGAUUGUUUCACCAAAAUUAAUACACCAACAACAACAAAACAAUCAUCCAAUUCAUCAUACCAACCAUUUUAGUAUAUCUGAUCCAUCAUUCUCUCCACCACCAUCACCUCAUUCUCACUUUAUACCAAUCUCAUCAUCAUCAUCAUCUUCCAAUUUAUCAUCAUCUCCGUCAUCCUCUACAACUCAUCAUCAUCAUCAUCAACAACAUCAUCAUCCUCAUAAUAACAAUAAUAAUAAUAAUAAUUCACAACCAAUUAAAUUAUUUAUAGGUAAUAUGACAGUUGGUACGGGAACGAUAACCAAUUGUCAUGAUUGUACUAUAACAUUGGGUCCAUGUUGUGACUCUAUCGAAAUUAGUGAUUGUUCUUCAUUGACAAUCAUUGGCAUUACCAAAGGAAUCAAGAUUAGAUCAUCUUCUAACAUUACUGUAUAUAUAUGUACGAAUCAGAAACCAAUCAUACACUCUGAUUGCCAUGAUAUUAAAUUUGCGCCAUACAAUACUCAUUACCCUACGCUCGAGCAUCAAAUAACACAAGCCAAAUUAAAUGUCAACCUAGCAAGCAAUCUAUGGUCAUCACCUGAAAUCGUUAAAACUUUGGAACCUGUUCCUCCUUCUUCUCUUCUUGGUGGUGUAACCUCUUCUCUUGAACUUGGAGUAUCACCAACAGAUACAUUAUCAAAUAUAAAGACUUUAAAUUUAAAUGAUCAUAAUAAUAAUACAAUAUUUACACUUGUUGAACCAGAAGAUUUCUAUCCAUUCACAAUCCCAUUUAAUUUAAAAGGAAAGACCAAGUCCAAUCCAUGUGAAUUACCAACGAAAUACUCGACUUGCUUAAAUAUCAAAUCCAACACUAUUCAAUCACUUCACAAACAGAUUCAACAAUCUACCAACGACCAAAAGAUUAGAGUACACUUGUUACAUUUGAUCGAAUCCAAAUUCCAUCAAUGGUUACUGGAAAGCGAUAAUAUCAGACAAAUCAAUGAUUUGAUAAAUAUGGAACAUAAAGCAUCAAAUAGUGGUUUCCUUCAGCAACAACAACAACAACAACAACAUCAACAACAACUCCAAACUAAUCCAACAACAUGUACAUCAAAUAAUUCGAAUAAAUAA